AUAAUCCUAGCUAGCACACUUGCCCAGAUUAUAUUGCCUGCUCCGACGACCUUGAAUAUUCACUGGCCAUUUAAUUUCUACUUACAAGCCUGAAUGAGCUAGAGAUCCAUCUGCUUCUGUACGUGCUCGUCAGGUACGCUCGUAAAAAGAAAAGAAAAAAAAAGAAGAGAUCGAGAUCGAUCUGUUGACGACGCCCCCGUCGCCGAUAUGGGCGACCUCUCUGUCGGCCACAGCCGCCGCUGGUGCGGCCGUUUCGCGGCCGUCCUUUGCCUGUGCGCGGCCUUCUGCAAGCCAGAUGAACUCCCGAUGGAUCCACUGCCGAACUUGCCGCCGACGAGGUCGCUGCAGUGCUUCGAGGACGAACAGGUGUACAGCUGCUGCGAGGGCGCGUACAGGCUAAACCCAUCGGGAAUCAUCGCCGUUCCCGUCGGCGCGGUGGACUACUACUGCGGCGGCGCGUGCGUGGUGGAGACGGAGGACGUGCUCAACUGCGUGGCCAGCGCCCUGGACGGCUUCGCCUUCUACAACGGGGCCUCCGUGGAGGACGUGCGCUACGCACUCAGGCGGGGCUGCAGCCACACCGCCAGAAGAGGUCCCCAAGUUUCUCGCCUACUAGCUCAUCUCUCUCUACGUACCAGCCAAGCUAGAUCGACUACCAGUCUCCGCAGCAGUGCAUUCGGAACGACCGCUGACAAACUGACAGGCUCGUGUUCCUGUCAGCGCAGGCGACUUCAACGAUUUGGAGCCGCAUCUGGGCGACUACCCUGACAUCUAUGGCGACGAUGAUGAACACAGCUUUGGCAGCAAGGUUGUUGCAGCUCCUCUGAGGUUGCUCGCGUUUCUUGGCGGUGCGGGGCUGUUCUUCCUGGGCCCUUGAACGAAGAUAUAAAAGAACUAGCGAUGUGAUCCGCGUAAAUAUAUACUCCGUAUAUAGCAUGACAUGAGUAUCUAGUUUGUCUUAUAUGGUAAACCAUACUAAAUUUUCUUGUAUGGCAUUAAAAAAAAUUAAGACUUUAUUUAGUUAUUUGACUAGUUGUUCUCUCUGGAUCCUCUAAUCAGUUCGAACUCUAUAAGCUUUUUUAUUCCACUCC